UUACAGCUUCCCCAUGCACUGUUUCCAAGAGUGCAGCGCAGCACCAUGACACUCCACUGGACUUAAGCAUUAAGGAUUUCCGUCUUCACACAGUAAACUGACGCUCACCGCUAUAUUUUUCACAAAAAAAAAAAGUUUGCCAAAAGUUGUCCACUUGUUUCCAAGAUGCCACGCUCUUUUCUGGUCAAGAAACACACAAACUCCGCAAAGAAGCCAAAUUAUAGUGAGCUGGAGAGCCCAACAGUGUUCUUCACGCCGCACAUCUACAGGGGCCUCCCCCUGCCUGUCAUCCCCCAGCCGGAGAUCCUGAACCCGGCAGCGUACAGCCCCAUCACAGUGUGGACUACCAGCAACUUGCCGCUGUCUCCGCUCCCCAGUGACCUCUCUCCAAUAUCCGGAUACCCCUCAUCGCUCUCCGACACCUCCUCUAAAGACCACAGCGGCUCUGAAAGCCCGAGGAGUGAUGAAGACGAGCAGAUGCUGCCCAAGCUGACAGACCCUCACGGAGUGGAUGCAGAGAAAUUCCAAUGCAGUUUGUGUAGCAAGUCCUACUCAACGUACUCUGGACUGCUCAAGCAUAAACAGCUGCACUGCGACGCCCAAACGAGGAAAUCCUUCAGCUGUAAAUACUGCGAGAAGGAGUAUGUAAGCCUGGGAGCUCUCAAAAUGCACAUCAGGACUCACACUUUGCCUUGUGUUUGCAAAAUAUGCGGGAAAGCUUUCUCCAGACCGUGGCUGCUCCAAGGACACAUCAGGACGCACACCGGAGAGAAGCCGUUUUCCUGCCCUCACUGCAACAGGGCUUUUGCGGACAGGUCCAAUCUCAGGGCUCACCUACAGACCCAUUCGGAUGUGAAAAAAUACCAAUGCAAGAACUGCUCCAAAACCUUCUCCAGGAUGUCUCUUCUGCACAAGCAUGAGGAAUCUGGUUGUUGUGUAGCACACUGAACUGGGAUACUUUUCCACCACCAGAAACAGAAAAAAAACCCUCUGUUGCUUCUUUAUUUUUUUCAAGCCCAGGAGAACUGUCAGGGAAUCACAUGGAGAGGAGGGUUUGUUCCAAAGACUUUUUUUUUUCUACAAGCGGUUGAUUUCAUUUCAGAGUGAGAAAUAGCUCUGCGCUCACGUGCUUCUCAUUUCAAGCAGUGUUUCUGUGAUUGCAAUCAGUGCUGAGCUUUGUCAUACCAUGUACUCACCUACCUGUGCUAUUCAUGCACUUUUCUGCAUGUCUAGAAUGUUUUGUAUGCCUUCACAAUGUUAUCUGCAGUGUUUGUACCAGUGUCUCUCAGUGGCUGUUAUGCAGUCCUCCACUUUUUUAUAUGAACCACACAAACAAUACUAAAAGGCGCAUUGUGAAUGGCAGUAUAAAUAUAUAUAACUAGAGGGAUACUGAAGCCAUUUUUACUUAGGGAACAAGUGCAAACUUAUUUUUUAGGGUGAAAUUAUUCUAACUUUUGCACAGUCAUUAGAAACAGUUUGCCAGCACUCAAAUAGCAAAACAAAAUAUCUCAAGUGCCUCAGUUUUACUUGGCAAUAAUAUGUAUGUUUCCUUUUAUAUUUUUAUAUAUUGAAUGUAAGCGUGACUGAGAUGAUUGUAUAUUGUGAAAACAGUGAAAACUGUGAUGCUGAUGAAUGAUUUUGAUAUUUUCAUAUUCUCAUGACACUUUGGAAAAUAAAGUUUCAUGACAUUUUGUAUAAUUAUUUAUUUUUUUUGGCAUCUUUCAAGUUGCUUCUCAUCUGUGGAGCCCUCUGUGUGUGAGCAGCUCCUUUAGUGGGACUCACUGAUUGUCACACGCUUCAAAGGGAAUAACUCGCACAAAAGUAAACGAUAUUUAAUCCAGCUUGCACCAUCUCAUGUUGUGGGGAUGUAAAAAUGAGGAGAGAGGUGACUCAGCUCUGAAGCAGGCCUGAACCUGUUCCCUGUGAACCUGUCCAGACAUCAAACAAUCUUGAAAUUUAACACAUACUAGCUAUAUUGAUCUGCACUCACUUGUUAUACCCUUUGAGGGCCCAUUUCUUUACCCAGUGUGUGUAAAGUUGAAAUGCAAGGGGCGUAGUUCUUUUUAGCAAGUAAUCCUCAUUUUAAAACUAAUUUCAUCAAACUAAAUGUAUGUAACUUGAAGAAAAUGUGUUUUUUUUUUUAUCUUCCUGCUCAAUCACAGCAAUCACUGCAGAGGCACAGGGCACUCGGAUAUCUAGAUUUUAAUAUGUUUUCACAAAAAGCUCACAUUUGCAUUUGCUUUGACAACCUCCUUGAAUUUCUGGGAUCUUUGCCAUCAAGGAUUAAAUAGACUUCCUCGGG